AUGUCCGCGUUGAGAGAAUCGUCCGACGUUCGCAGCAUCGCGGAGGAAGAGGUCGAACGUCUCAAGACCGAACUCGCUUCAAAGACGGAUGCCCUGAAGGAAAGGGACCUGGACGUGGUUCGCUUGGAAUCGGAUCUGAAAGCCGCGAGGAGAAAGUCGAAGCAGCCGCCACCUGAACAGAGCGGACUCGAGCUGCAGCAAAAGCUGCAGGAAGCCGUCCGCAAACUGAAAGACCGAGAGAGAUCGCACGCCGACUUGGAAGAGGAGUUGGAAGAGAAAGACGACAAAAUCAGCACACUGAAGAAAGAGUCGACGCUCGCCAAAACCGCGAUGUCCAUGUACGAAAAGCGGGUGGACGUCUUGGAAGAAAACCUGAAAACGGCUUGCAAGCGAUACGACGAGGAAGUGAAAAGCAGACGGAUUGUGGAGGCGGCCGCGAAAAAGGCAGACGAGCACGCGCAAUCCAUGGCCGACAAGAACGUCGAAUUGCAGCGAGAACUGUUAAGACGGCAACCCGAAGAGUCGUUGUACGAAAUGGAAGUAAGCAUCGGAGAGAAGGAGGAGUUGCGGCGAGCGCAAUCCGAUCUGAAGGAGGAACGGAAGACGGUUAUGCGAUUGAAGAGUGCGAUCGAGGACCUGAAAAAGGACCAAACACGUCAUUCGGAGGUUCUUCGAGAGAACAGGAACCUGAAGGAGGAGGACAAGGUGGCAACAGCCGUGAAGAAACGCAGCGACGACGACGCCCGAAGUUCGGUGACGCUCGAGAAAAUAAAAGACGAAUUGCGACUGGCGAACCGGGAAGCGGCGGCUGCAAAGGACCUCCAACGACGGUCGGCGACGAAGCUGGAAGAGACCGAGAAGCAGGUGGAGAGUCUGAAGGAACGGUUGAAUGAAAAAGGUCGCUCGACUGCCAACGCGAACAAGAAGAUCGCCUCCCUCAGAGACGAACUUCGUGCCGAAAAGGAAAAGGUGGCAACGGCUUCCAAGGAACGCAGCGACGGCGACGCCCGACGUUCGGCAAUUAUCGAAAAGAUCAAAGAGGAUCUGCGACUGGCGACUCGCGAAUUGGAGACUGCCAAAGACAGGGAACGACGGUCGGCGAAGAAGUUGGAAGAGAGCGAGAGGGAGGUCGAGAGUCUGAAGGAGUGGUUGGACGUAACAGAGAAGAAUCACGAAGCGAACCUUCGCGAGUUUCGUUCUUCCGUCGGGUCCGACAAGGCGAAGGCGAUCUCAGAUCUUGAAACGGCCAAGGCCGAUCACUCCGACAGGACCGAUAUUCUCCGGUCGGAGAUUGCCGAUCUUAAAGAAAAGCUGGCCGAGGCCACCCGAAAGGAGUCUUCGCUGAUCAAGGAUGUCGAAAAAUUAACCGCCCUGAAGGAUGAGAACGAGAAGGAGAGUAGGAGGAUGGAAAAGCAGCUUUCCGAUAAAGAUCGCACGGCUAUCGACUUGCGGAACGAGAUCGACACCCUGGAAGAGAAAAUGAAACGGAACGGAAGUGAGAUUGACGAUCAAAUCACGGCCUACAAAGAAGAGAUUGAAAGAAACGUGAAGAGGAUGAAAGAGUUAGACGCUACGAUCGCGAAGAAGAUUCGAGAGGCGGCCGGUCUCGAAGACGAGAUCGCCGUCCUCAAAGAAGGGAAGGAACGUGACGGACGGAAGAUAAAAGGAUUGGGGGUGCAGCUCGCUAACAAAGGACGCGAGGCGACCGCUCUCAAAGACGAGAUAGCCGCAUUGCAAACGGACCUCUCGAGAGCGCGCGAAGAAUGCGCGGACGACCGGAGUGCCGAACUUUCCGUCCUUCUAGAAAAGGCUAAAGAUGAACUGCAACGGACGUCCCGCGAUCUGGCGGCCGCCAAGGAAGCCGAAAUCAGGCUGAAGUCGAACCAUGAAAAAAUCGAGAAUGAAAUUCCUCAGUGGAAGCAAUGGGUCGAAGAAUUGAAGAAGGCUCGAGACGAAUCUCACGAUUCCCACGCCAAGGAACUCGGAUCGCUUCGAGACGAUCUCGAGAGGGAGAAAUCGGACGAUGAAACGAAACUUGCAACGGCGAAGAUAUCCUAUCUGACGAACGAAAUAGAAACAGUAAAUUACGGCCGAAGUGUCGAGGUAAGCAAAUUGCGCCGAUUACUGAACGAUUGCAGACGCGAAGGGUCUCAACGACAACGUCGGGAACCUCCCGGUCGCCGUAACGUCGGUUACAGCUACAACGUCGUCGAAGACGCAUGUUCCGGAAGUUCUGCGUGCGAUUCCGAAGAGAAAGUGGACGACGACGUUAGCGAAGACGUCCUCGUCGGCAACUCCGAAGAGAACGAAAACCCCCGUCCCAUCCCGUUUGUCGUGGACUACCGACCGAGCUCCACCGCCUACGGAGGGUUGAUCGGAGAGGACGAAUGUUCGUUUCAUCAGCUUCUGAACCAAGCAAGACGGUUCGUCGAGUCCGAGGACGAAGUACCGGAGGCGGCGAAGAGGUUGUCCGACAGUUCCGACAACUUCCUGCUUCUCAUAAGCAUCCUGCUUGCCGACAUCGUACCUAACUGCGAAGAACGCGAGCGGGAGAGACGCGAACUCGUUACUUCCGUUUUCUGA